GCGGCUCGGCCCGGUCGGCUCCGCUCGCUCGUCCCGGUCUGACGCCGUCACCGUGACGUCAUCGCGCUCUGCCCGCUUCCAAGAUGGCGGCGGCGGGCGGGCUGCGGCGCGCGGGCUGGCGGCUGUGGCGGGGCCGCGCGGUGGUCAGGUGCCAGCAGUACCCACCGCUCCGUGCUCUCCAGGCCUCGGCCGCACUGAGGAGAGCCUCUGAUGAGCACAGGAAGGAGCCAUUGACAUCUUCCUCUCAGCAGCACUUUGAUUCACCUCCAGCUGGUCACCAGCCUGAACAGGAACCUCAGGGACCUCGCCCCAGUUACACUGGCCAGGGCGGCCAGGAGUCUGAGGACUAUGAGAGCGAGGAGCAGCUGCAGCAUCGAAUCCUCACAGCGGCGCUGGAGUUUGUGCCUGAACAUGGCUGGACUGCAGAGGCCAUUGCAGAGGGAGCCAAGACCCUGGGCCUCUCUGUUGCUGCAGCAGGGAUGUUUCACAGUGAUGGCAGUGAACUGAUCCUGCACUUUGUGUCUGAGUGCAACAGCAAAUUGUCCAAGUUGCUGGAGAAGGAGCAGAAACUAGUGCAGCUGGGUAAAGCAGAGAAGAAGCCUAUAGAUGAAUUCCUGAGAGAUGCUGUGGAAGCCAGACUGAGGAUGCUGAUUCCAUAUAUUGAAAAAUGGCCCCAGGCCCUGAGUGUCCUGUUGCUCCCACGUAACAUCCCUUCCAGCCUCAACCUCCUCACCAGCAUGAUUGAUGAUAUCUGGCACUAUGCUGGGGACCAGUCCACAGAUUUUAACUGGUACACUCGCCGGGCUGUGCUCACUGGCAUCUACAACACCACUGAGCUGGUGAUGAUGCAGGACUCGUCCCCUGGCUUUGAGGAUACUUGGCGCUUCCUGGAAAACAGAGUGGCUGAUGCCAUGACCAUGAGCAACACAGCCAGUCAGGUACAAUCCACUGGAGAAGCUGUUGUCCAGGGCCUGAUGGGAGCUGCAGUUACUAUCAAGAACCUGGCGGGGUUGAACCAGCGCCGGUGAGGCGGCAGCGGCGGCGAGCACCGGCGGGGCCGCGCCCCGUCCUUCCCCGGCACCAAUAAAGUCGUACUCAGCCUG